AUGGCCGCGCGGAAGGAGCGACCGCUCCAUGCGACGGAUACGGAGAGCCUUCAGAAGCUCGCGGCGUUUCGGCGUCUCGCAUGGCGCUCGGUCCACGUCCGCAACGCCGAUGGAAGCGCCGAGGACGACCCAAUCGUCCUCGACGUCGUCGCGACGGCCACGCUCGCCGACGUCCGCGUCGUCCUGAGCCUCGUCGUCGACGCCAAGACGCUGUGGAAGAAAUCUCGGCCCAUGGCCUUUUCCUUUGUCAAGUCGCUCGAAGAAUGCGAGCCCGUGCCUCUCUCAGACGAAGCACACGAGCCGCUCUCGGAUUUUCUGCACCACGGCUUUGUUCUCUAUGUGCAGUAUGCGCGGGUUCUCAAGCCUUCGCCACGGUCGCCCCGGCGUGCACUCAAGCCAACGUUCACGGCGUCGCACCAGAUUGGCCUCUACGCCGCCGACGUUGACGUCUACAUUGACCGUGUCGGCUUGCAAAUCGUGCUCCGCGAGAUCGUCGAGACGUUGUCCGGACGCCCGAUGGCGGCCCUCCACGCACUCAACGACUCUGUGCGCCUCGAAUUGGAUCUCGCUGACGUUGCUGACGUUUGCGAGAGCAGUGUCGACAUGAUUAGUGUCCUCCUCACGGACGGGCGUCAGCAGCCCCCGAUCGUUCAAAAGGUCAUCGAGCGAACUGUCUUGACGCUGGACGACGAGGGCCAACUCCACCUUGGCAUUGGACCGAUGCUUCCAGUCGGAUCGCAGUCGCCCAUUGUGCUGCGGAAGCCGCAGUCGCCCCGACGAAAGCCACCAGAUGAGAGACGUCCGGUCGAGUUGCCGCCCUCCACAACGACGACACCAAGCGAAGACGACAGCGAAACAGGCGAUACGAUCACAACUUCGGAGCUAUGUGACAUGACGAUGCUGGUCCCCGCCAAACACAAGAUCGCGCGCGAAGGGCCUCGGGACAGUGCAAAGCGCGCGUCGCUGGCUCUCACGACACCAUCAACCACGCUUACGGUGCAACGACGCGCGUCCAGUCGCAGCGGCAUGGGCUCGACUCGUGCACUCUCUGUCGAUGGGACGCCGCGAGGUGGUAGCUUGCGUGGGAUGCUCGUCGACGACAACGACGGCAGCGGGAAGUUGACGCUCAUGCAGGAUGGUACCGACGACGAAAAAAUGAGCCACGAAGCUCUACUCGAUAUGAAGCGCAGCUCGGUGUCGGUCGCACCCAUCGCGCUUGAAUUGGACCGCGCGCUUGUUGCGGCCUUGGCCUAUUUCGCCGCUGACGACGCGACGCCGGCGAUGGCUUGUAUGGCUCGAGACGAUCUCGUUCUGGCCUUUGGCAUGGCCGAGGGAAGUCUCUUGAGCAAGGCCGGCAAGAGCCUCUUGGAGCUCCGCGAGGCGUUCCAGCGCGUCAUGCUUCUGUACUUGGUGGCGGCCCCGCAGUCGACAACGGCUGCCGGCGCCGUCAAGCGGUAUCUUUGGCGCGGCCUCGGCUUUUGUCUCUGGCGCGAAGUGCGUGACGACGUCGUGUCAUCGUGCCGGUUCCAAACCAUGAAGACACUGAGCGUCAUUCGCAGUCACUACAAGCAGCGCGAGACGUACCCUGGCUUCAAGGACAAGCUGCCACACUACCCGUCGCCGGUGGUCGGGGCGCUCGAAUGCCUGCGGCUCGUGCUCCACCCGUCCGACGUCGCAUGGCUUGACGCAGCUAAUGCGGUCGAUCCAUGGACCCACGUUCUCGCGCUCGGUCUCCACACUAUGGCUAUGUUUCGCAAGACACUGGACAAAAUAGAAGCGCACUGCCGGUCGCGAACACUACCAGCGCGCCACCGACACGAAAUUGGCGUCCGCGUCGCAGCGUGGAAGCUCCCCGAGGCGACCGACGAGGCGCUCUUUGGCACACUGCACCUGCGAAAGCUCAUUCUUCUCGUCCUCGAAGCGUCUGAUGGGUCAUGGCACCCGUCGAUCAAGAUCGACCACUGUUUUACGCGGGCUCUGACGGGGCGUGAGUCGACGGGCGUCGCCCUUCACAUCAUGGAGCUACGCGACGUCGUUACCCAGCGCCUCGAGCCACUCGUGCGCGAAAACGUCAUUGUCGACGAAUGUCGGUGCGCCGAAGUCGACGCUCAUUGCGCGGUGAUGGUGACCGACGCGUGGCCGCCGGUGCCUCGGUGGUACAUGCCCCGGCGUCACCGCAAGCCCCACCACGUGUCACGGUACUUUUUUGUAGCCGAGCGCGACGCUGCGUUUGAAAUGGCGUUGGCAGUGCACCUUAUCGCACCGCUUCCAGUCGUCUACAGCGUCUCGGGCGACGCGAUGCUCUCGAGCAAGUCGCUCAUUGAGCUUUUGACGCUGGCCCUCCCCCUCUGGUCGACGAGUACCACCGAUUCAUUUUUGGAUGCAACCGCGAUGGGCGGUAUCCGCGCCUCGUGCGUCGGGUACGGCGUCAAUAUGCUGCACGCCAGCGUCCUACCGCGACUGAAGCAAUGGUGUCUCUUGGAUGUAUUCAAAGUCGUGGGCGUUGAUCGCAUUGGCGUCGGGUCCGGCGUGUCGCCCGAUGGCCACGUCGCCAUGGUGCUAGUCCGCGUGUUUGGCGCACUCGGCAAACCGCCACAGACUGCGCCUUCCGACGUUGCUUUCGUGUCGCAUGUUAUGACGGCGACGGACGUGGCAUCGGUUUUGGACCACGGCGGCCUGCCCAUGUGCAAGCUCUUGGCCACACAGGAGACAACGACGUCCGUCUUGCGCGUUUCCACGACGUCUGGGAUUGCGGAUGCGACGCCGACGGGUCCCGCCAACGACGCCUUGGAGCGCUGUUUGCUCGCUUGGACGCACGCGGACGUCGGGCCGUCGUCAUUUCCACUGGUGAUGCACUACAUUUGCACGCAAGAAAUUACGGGGCACGCGACUGUCAAGGUCCUCGAAGCGCUCAACGGCCUUCUGGACGCUCAAGACGCGUACGUGGCCGCCGUCAUGACGUGCGUCAAUGACGUCAUUGACGCCAACGGAUGUCGUCACGAAGGCGACAUGCUACAACGGCUCGUGGACCUUGCUGCAACCCCGGGGCUACCCGUGCGCAUCACAGAGCUCGCACAAAAAGCCGUGCUCGGCGCUCUGCUCCACCACGAGCUCGGGUCGCCGACCAAGCUCUUGCAGUACUUUGGGACGCUACCGGACCAUUUGCUUGGCCUCCCAUCAAGAUUGCCGCUGGAGAGUGCCGGUGCAAGUGACUGCAUCUUGACGAAAGGGCCACUGCUACGGCACUUGUCGGCGGCGAUCACGAUAUGCCUGACCGAUGCGACGGCCAUGUGUUCGCGCGAGCCGCUCGAGUGUCGGUUUCUGAGCCUCUUGGCGACGCCCGGCGGCAUCGAGUAUGUGCUACAGAGUGCGGUCGCCACCAUGGGCCUCGUGGCGCGCUGCAUGCAUGCCGCGACAAGUGCGCGCGUGGUCUUGCACGGAGCACGCGUCAUUGAGACACUGGUCGCCGCCUUGGCGCUUCGCGGCGAAAGCGCCUUGCCCGACAGCCACGACCAAGCUAAUGUACUGCAGAUCCUCGUCGAGUGCAUACUCUGUCGGGCUCAAGUCGCGACCGACUUUCUCCAAGACGCUGGGCGGAUCGUCGUGGGCGCGCUUGCAACACUGCUGGCAGUCGCACCGUGGCACCGGUGGGUCCUCGCAGCACUUGCACCGCUGCUGCACGACUUGGCAGCCACGCAGCGAAUCUUUUGGUUGGACCGUGUCACGGGUAUCGCAACGUCGGGAACCCCGUCGCCGGACGCCACGCGCUUCAGUGCCAUCGUCUUGGCACAGCAUCAGAGUACGGCGCGGUGCCAAUGUGCCGUGCUCGUGUCGACGACGCGUCAUCUUGUGGCCGACGUCGCCGCCCGCUUUGUGGCCACCGUGUUUGCGAAUGCGGGUGCUACCAUGCCGACGACGACACCGACACGGGUGGUCGCCGCUUCGAUCCCGCGCGACGGCUCGCGCAAAAUCCUGGCUGCCAAUCGGAUUCAAAAAUGCGCGCUGCGGUGGCUCUACCGGCACCGAAAGACGCACGGGUUCCUUCCCGUGCUCCUACGCUACGCCACGUGUGCCAUCUGUGCGACGUCGCCGUCGCUUCUCGCCGCCCUCGUCUUGCUCGUGUGCAACACGCGGUCGCUCGCGCUGCGUACAUCGCCAUUGGACGCUAGCCCCAAGCUGCGGCUGCAAGCGCUGCAGUGCUUGACCAAGCUCUGGUUUUACCCGUCGCUGGCCAAUGCGGCGGUCACCGAUCUGCACGUCGACUAUGUCUACCUCGUGCUCACAUCUCAUGACGACAUUGCGUGGCGGUCCUUGGCGCUCUACGGUCUGAGCUACCUUGUGUGGCACGCGCCCAUCGUGCUCCACUCGCUCCUCCGAACGAUCACGCAGCCGCUGUGGCCUACGUUGAAUGCCAGUGGGCCAUGGCUCGAGGUGCUCUUGCACACGUCAUUGUUUGCUCAGCGAAAGACACUGCUCUCCAACGCCAACAUAAUUGCGUACGUCGACUGCGCCUUGCACUUGCUCGUCGUCCUGAGUUUCGAGCAUAAAUUGGCACCGCUGCUUACGCGCACGUUUGGCUUUACCCUACGGCUGCUGCAAAUGCUCAACGAUGCCCCGGUGAAAGGCGCAGGGGACGCGGAACUGCACAUUCGCCGUCUCCGCGAUCGCCUUUUGCCCAUGGCCCUCUUUGUGAUGGCGAACGUCCUCUUGCGUCUCGGGGCAACCGAAGCGUUUGCGUUCGAAAUACCUUGUGCCGAGAUGGCGCUUCUCCUGAGCGCGGCUACACCGAGCGUCGCGCAGGUGCAAGCAUUGCAUGUACUGUGGGCACUCGCGCUACGAAAACAAGGCCGUGACAGCCUCCGGUGGUCGUCGGCGCUCCAGGUUGCGCUCGUGGCGGCGCUCAGUGCGCGCAGUGGCCUUGCCUCGUUUGAGUCCUGGGCCGUUGUGCACGGUGCCGCCGGUGUUGUCGCGUGCCUUGCGGUCGACAAGGACGUGUGCGACGACCUGUGCAAGCUUGGACUUGUCGAGCAACUCCGCGACCGAUUGGGCGAUGGGGCCUCAUCCUCGUGGUCGGCCUCGUGCGAUGUUGAUAUGAUCAAGCAAGCGAGUACCUUCAACAAUGCGCUCGAGGCAGCCGCUGGCCAUGCAGCGACGACCGUCCAGUGGAACGCCAAGCUCGCAGCGCUGGGUCUCUUGCCUCUGUGUGGCCCCGGCGUGCCAGCCGCGCCCUCGACACUACUGCGUCACCAAGUGCUGCGAAGCUACACAGUGUGCCUUGUACACAAGCAUCGGCGCGAAUUGGGGCCGUGGCUCGAGGCUUUUCCAGCGGGCGACGCACCGAUUUUGCUGCGUCGAAGCAUGUGUGCGUCACUCUCGCUCUUGGCGCGCGUCGAUCCAGCGCUUGGGAGCGCGGUGCCAAGCGAGCUCCUUGCGCGCCUCGUGCAGUUGGCUGGCAGCCCGGACGAUGGGACAGUGCAACGCCUCGCAAUGCAAGCUUUGGGUCAUCUCUCGCUGCAAACCGCGAGCGUCAAGGAGCAAGUUCAUUCGAUCGAUGUGGUCGCACUGCUCACCACAGCGCGACCGGCGCUGCAGCUUGAAGCCAUCAGUAUGCUGGCGCUGGCCGCGAAGAACAGCACGGUGCCACUGCCGCCGAGACUACACCAAGGCACGCUGGCGAGAGGGCUCAUCCGCUGGCUCGAGCAGCGGGACGCGACGCGUGUUUGGCACCGAAAAUCGGCUGCGUGGUCGUCGGUCCUCCUCGACAGCGACGAUCUGGUGACCAAUGAGAGUCGCGUCACCAAGUGUCUGCGACGACCACUGGAGCUGUUGCUUCAGUGCGAACUCGACGCUGCCGACCGACCAAGCGUUCCUUUGCUGUUGCUGUCCCUUCUGCUGGAGACUGUGACGGCGUUGCCCCACCUGCUGCACGACACGUAUGUUCGUGACGCAACCGCGUUGGCAGUCACGCUCUCCUUGGCGCUCUCCGCGGGGUUUGAGGCUGCGUCGCCGUGGCAACCAUACUGCUUGACACGCCCGAUCGUGCACGGCUUGGCCCAUAUCCUGACGCAGAGCUUGGUUGUCGAAAGCCCGACCUUGACCUUGAACGUCCUCUCGGCGCUUCAAGUCGCGAUUGCCGCCGACGAGCAGCUGCGUCUCGAGGUGCUAAGCGAUGUGGGUUUCGUCCAAGCUCUUGUCAGUAUGGUCGGUACCUCGGAUGCGAUGCAAGAGCCCGCGUUGCAAAAGACACUGGAGCUACUAGAGAGCGUGCUGCAGCGCGAUCGAGACCCGAAUGGGACCUUUGCGCCGUUUCUAACCCACCCAAAAGGACCCUAUACGGCGCUUACAUCGGUCUUUGCCGUCAGUCAAGAGGCCUCGCUGACGCUGCACGCCGCUGCCCUCGCGGUACUCGGACGCCUCCUCGAGGACCCGUCCUACGCGACAUACUUUCUCAACGGCGCGUUUCAAACUGGAGGCAGUCGCUAUAAGCCGUACCUCGAGCGCGUGCUCCGGUGCCUCGCCUUGCGGGCCGAGUGGGCCACGGGAUAUCGAACCCGCGGUGUGCUCCUCCAGCAGUGCGCGGGGGCGGCGCGGCUCGUGGCUGCCAUCACGAACGCGUCCACCGUGCACGACAACGCACUUGUGGCGCUGCUCUUGGCCAAGGAAGGCUCGUAUGCAGCAACGGACGCCGCCCUCGACGUUCUCGUGCAGCUUUUUCUGGACAUUGGUGAUAGCCGGUUUGAAGGGACACCGCUAUCAACGGCUGUACUCUCCGAGCUGCGCGUGGACAUUACGCGCGCUCUGGCCUCGCUUGGGCGAAGCGAGACCGUGCGCCACACGUCGGCAUUGCUGCAUUUCGUCUCGGUCGCUGCCGCCACGCCCAUCGACACCGAGCGGGACGCGGCGGUGCGCGCCAACAUUGUGCACAUCUACGAGCAUCUCCUUUGUGUUCCCAGUGUGUUUCGGCAACUUGUCUUUGGACAUGGUGUCUUCAUGCCGCGCGACGACGUCGCCAAUGAUGCAAAACCCGUCUUCUUCUUCCUUGGCCAACAGCUAGCCUUGGACAGUAGCAUGACGUACCGCCCCGUCUAUGCGAGUAUGGCUGGAACAUUGCUGACCGACGCGGCGUUCACUUUGGAGAUGCAGUUUCUCGAGCAGCACACCAUACCGUCCGAGUGCCUCGCCGCCGCGCUCACCGGCUCGGACGCGCAUCGACCGCUCCUUCGCGACGCCAAAGAGCUGACGCGUCGCUUGCAGUGCCUUGAACAAGGCAUGCCGUUUGGUGUCGACGCGCCGCUGUCACGCCACGCCGGCGUUCGCGUCGUCCACGAGCUGUUGCGCACCGUGUUGCAUCUCUGGACAACGUCAUUCACGCGUGAAAGGACGGCGAUAGACGGCAAGAACAUCACGGCCUUUCUUGUGCAAUUGCUGCAUUGGCUGCACACUAGACAUCCGGGAAGUGGCCUCCUUGUCGCGCCCCAAAUGCUGCAGCAGUGCGUCGACGUGAUCGCGUCGGUCUCGCCACGCGCCUUGCCGCUGCUCCUCGACUUGAUUGCGCAGCUCUUCCGCGUCGCGCCUCUCUACAAACAGACGUUUUUGGACAUGGCGCUCACAAGCGCGCUCGUGCACUGCCUCACGCCACACAGCAGUACGCACUUGGUGCCGGUUCUGAGCUUUCUCUGGGAUCUUGCGCGGAACGAUGCGAGCGUCGCACUCGACCUCGUGGACGACGCGACACUGCUGCGACAAAUCUUUGCCUUGUUGCAGCUCCCGAUAGUGUACAACCCCACGUUUCAGUGCCUCGCGCUCAAGCGCCCGAGUGACGCGCAGCUCGAUGUCAUCAUUGCAGCGACGCAGGUGCUGUGCGUCGUCACGUCGGCGACCCGGGCCGCGCUUAUCGUACUGCACGCGCUCGAGCUGCAAUUGGCCAAGGCCGCGCCGACAUCAAGUACCGAAGGUAUGUGCCCGCGGAGCGCCCCGAACACGCGUCCCCUCCUGCGUACGGUGCUCGACUUGCUCGCGGUCUCGCCGUCGGCCGAGCUCAAGCAGUCGCUUCUCGCCUUGACGCAGCAUUUCGCACGGGCGACCCCGUCCGUGACGGUCGCGCGGCUCUGUGACCACGGCGGUAUCCUCGUGCUCUUUGAUUGCCUCUUUGAAACCACUGGCGCCGUCCAAGUCAUGGUCCUCAAGCUACUGCAACUGCUCAUGGAUGUGUCGGGGCCCCGGGGCCCGGACCCGGCGGCCCGCCACGCGUCCAUUUCGCCGCGCAAGUCGGUGCUGCACUCGACCGGUCACUCGACGACCAACAUGACGCGCUUCUCGAUGGCUGUCUCCGCGUCGUCGGAAGUGAAGCGGCGCACGGCGCUCCGGUCGGCCGAGACGGGGCUCCGGAGUCUUCUGACCGAGACCAAUGGCCCGUCGCCGGCACUCGAGUCAGUGGCGUUGAUCUCAGCUCGUAUCGCUUUGCUUGGCGCCUUGUACCCGAUUUACGACCACCGCCUAAACGACAUGACACUCGGGAAUCAAACCACCGAAGUCGACUUUGCCUGGAUCGAAGAUAUGCUUCGGCGCCUCGUGGUCUUUGGCCAACUUUCGUUUGCCGAGCUGCACUUGGUCAGUCGGUGCAUGAUCAUCCAUCGCGUGUUGCCGUCGCGGUCGGUCAUCACCGAGCCGGGCCUGUACGUCAUCACCACCGGCAAGGUGGCGUGGCACCUCGACGGGGCGCCGUUUCACCCACACGUCCUCGAGAAAGGGUGCAUGGUCGGCAUCUCGAGCUGUGUCGGCGGCGCCCCGGAGCGCGCGACGGCCAUGAGUGGCGUCGUCAGUCUCGUGCUCUUCAAAGCGACGAUCGAGUCGGCGCUACCGAGUUCGAUCCAGCAAAAGCUUCUCGGUGGCAUGGACCGUGUCCGAAGCAUGUACGCUAGCGAUCGGCGCCCCGAAAAGGGUACGUACCUCUCACGCUUCAAAAUGUCGCUCCUGGCCCCGCCCUUGCUCGGUGCGAGCUCGAUCCUGCUGGCCACGAUGCUACACGCCGUAGCCGCGACAAAAGAAGCCAGUCGCAUCAACCCAUGGCUCCUCGUUCACCUCAUCCACGACAUUGCACAGUGGCACGGCCCUGUGCCGUCCGACUUGGUGACUUCGGUCGUCCUUGUCGCUGCCGCCGUGUUGUCGUCGCAGGCCCACGGCGCGACCCAUCAAAUUCUCUUGACACUCGGGCGGCGCCACGGUGCAGCGGGCGCAACGUUCUUUGCGUCGGCGUUCACAAAACCGAUUGACGAUAUCAUUGCACCGACCGACGUCCUGUUGUGCAAUGCGCUCGGCCAAGUGCUCUUGGCGCUCGCGUCGUACCAUUGUGAUCCUACAGCGGCUUGUAGUUUGGGCAAGCAUCUCUGUCGCUGCACAUUGCGCGCACGGCGUGCCCUCAUGCAGAGCCUCAACAUGCACUGGAUCGACACCGUCAUGACGCUCUUUGAGGAGCAACCGCUGUUGCCACGGCUCGACUAUUGCGUGCUCUACCGCGUUUUGCGCAAGCUCUUUGCCGUCAACAACUUUCAGCUCGCGUCGUACCUCAAGUACCUAUCCCCGCGCCGACUGCUGCAUUCGUUUGUCGGGGAUGUGCUCAACCUCGCCGAAGACGACGCGAUCGAAGCCCAAAAACUGUUGCUCACGCUUGGUCGGCACCCGUACUUUCGUAAUCUCGUCGUGUGUCAUGAUGACGUUCUCGACGUGGCGUCGGUAUGGAGCCUUCAACAACGGGCAGCGAUCCGCAGUGGGUCGCUCCCACCGCUCGAGUUGCUUUCGUGCUUGUGUUGCGCGACGACGCCGGACGCUGUGCCCCACCGUGUCGCACCCAUCUACCAAGCGCUCGUUGACGACGGUAGCACGCUCGACGUGCUUGCUGUCAACGCGGCCGACGCCACCAUGAAGCGCAGUCUCACGGCCUUACAGUGCCUUCGGAACCUCUGUGUUGCGACGGCGCGGCUUGACAAUGCUCCGUCACCGACCUGGGACACUUCUCUCGGCGCCCACGCCGCACUGCUACCGACACUUCUCAGCGUGGUGCGUAUCGUACCAACGACACCGUUCCCGUUUGACCACAGUAGCCGACUACUUGUCUUGGCCGAAGUGCUGCUCUACGCCUGCCGGCGCGGCCUCCACCUUGCGCUCAAUGCCUUUGACCUUGCGCACGCGUGCGUUCUGCAGCUGCAGUCGCUGCUCGACGUGCCGAUCCUCGGGUGCGUCUUGGAGAACGCGCGGACUCGACUCGCACGCGUGGUCGGCACCAUACUCGCCACGCCACCACCGUCGCUUGACACGGCACAGUGCCACGGCUUGGCCUACAUGCUGUUGGAGACGACUUUGGCGGCCUUCAGUAAACGCCACGAAGGGCUGCUCCGCGUCCUCGUCCGGCUGCUGGCGUUUCUACCAACCUGCACUUGGUUUCGGUCGCUGCAGACGCCACCGGGUACCGUCGACGUCGCCGUCGCGGCCGUCGCUCUUGUCAUGGAGAUCACGCUCAUGCCGUGGGACUCGAUCAAGCAUGUGAGUGCGCUCUGUGUUGCAGCGCUCUGCGAGCUCCCGCGGGUCGCCGACGUUCUCACCCAGGACGUGUACGUGGCCAAAAUUUGUGCGACGCUUCGGAGCGGCUGCGUCGGGAUGCAAGGGUUUGUGUCGGUGCUCGCGCGGCUUUGCGAGACGCCGACGAUGCGCCUCCGACUGCUCUCGUACCCGGCGUGCGUGGCGUCCGUCGAGCACAUACUGCCAUUGCUCCACGAGCACGUGUGCAGCAUCGAUGCGGCCUAUGUGCUCUGGACCCUCUGGCGCACGCAGCGCAAGACACUAGGCGAGCGCCUUGCUAUUGCCCAAAGUACCACCGACGCGCUCUUGAUGCUACUGCAACCGUCCGUGCCGUGGCUCGAAACCGCACCUGAGAAGCGCUGUCAUGUAGCCGCAGGCGCCUUUCUCGAGCUCUGGCGAGGGGCCGAUGUCCCUUUGACCACCUGGGCCGGCGUACUACAGCGGGCCAGCGCACACGUAUCCCGAUGGACCUCACACUCGGCGCCGCCCCAUCAGUUGCUCAAACUGCUCUCGGCGCUCUUAACGGAUGCGACGCUGAUUGCGCACGUCCAGCGCAAGCGCCAUUUGCCAUGGGGGGCCCUAUGGACGUGUGUCGGUGCCAAGGACAGCUACUAUCUGCAUCUUGCGUCCUUUACAACGGCCUUUCUCCGGCUCGAGCCAUCAGCGCCAGUUCGAACCCAUGUCCAGACGCUGCUGUGCGAGACGCCGCAAUUCUGGUCGACGUGCACCCCCCGUUUGCUGCAUGCCACGAAUACCUUCGGCAUUCUUUGCAUUUUGCGGCUCUUGUACCGAGCGUGCAUUGGCCACCGAGACAAUACGAUUCGAGUCGUGUCGUUCUGGGAGCGCUGCCAACGCCUCGUCACCGACACUGUCGACACGGUCGAGAUCGCCGAUCUCGUGUGCCGGCUGUGGCAGCUCGGGUUCCGCACGUGCCCGUCGGCGGCGCAAGACGAAGCGGUGCGGCUCUCGUUUGCCCUCUACCGGCAACUGCACCACACAACCAUCGCUACGACGGACGCACGCCGCGUCGCCACCCGAGUGUGCCGCACGUACACCCGCCUUUUGCGCUUGGCACUGCGCUUGCAACCGCCACCCGACGUGCAGUCACUGCUCUCGCCGCUAUUAGAGCGUCGCGUCUCUGCUCUCACGCUCGCGGCCGUCACGCUCGGUGCUGCAUGUGCGCGACGUUCGGGGACCAAGACGCCAACGAUGGCCAUCGACCAUCUCGUUUUGCAUUUGAGCCAGCGCGUACCGCAUCGUGUGUACUGGGCAUGGUUUAUCGCGGCCGGCCGGGCAGCUACGGACCCCCUCGAGACUACCGACGACGACAGUUGGGUGACGGUCGUGGCGCACGGCAGGGUCCUCAGUCAUGCGUCGACCGAUGUCGAUAUCGUGUUUUGGUAUCUGCACUUUUCAACGGCCCCCGACAAGAUGCUGCAGGCUGCAGAGCGUGUCGUGGCGACCACUAGUGACCAUAGCGAGCGGUCGUGGUGGCUUCAUGUCCUUCGGUGCUGCAUCAUGAGGUAUCCUAGUGGUACCGAGCAAAUGUGCUCGUUCGUGGUCGACAUCGCCGACGUCAUCACGGACGCCGUGCAAAGUGACGCGCCGCCGUGCGUGCGAGACGCGGCUGCAGCGCUUGUAUCGGAGAUGCUUGCUUGCCGCCAACCGUCCCUCGCAGCCUAUGCAACAUCCUUACUGCCAUCCCUCCUGGUCACGGUCACAUCGGCCCUUGCACAUGGCUCGGGCGACCCGACGCCUACAGCGCGAUUGGUGUCGCAGCUUCUUGACGACAGCAUCGAGGCGCGUGCAGUGCUGGCGCCGCAUCUACCGCGACUGCUUCCAGUGCUUUGUGACCGACUAUUGUGUGCGCUGCAGCACAACCAUUUGCAACUGGCAGCGGACUUGAUGCAGCUCGUCGUUGGCAUACUCUACAGCCAUCGGUGUGGGUACAACUCGCCAGCCGACAAGAUGCUCUUAGCGUCGGCGACGCUGCAGAGCUGCCUCGAACUGGCUAUCGUCAAGCGGCCGGCCUUGGUCCUCGUCGCGCGCAGCCUCUGCGCCGCGCGGCACCUCGCCACAGUCGCCCCGGUGCUGUACGUGCCCUAUGCAACACUCCCACGCAAGUGGCAGUCCAUGGUCGGGCAGCUAUUGGUGCAGCACAUUGUGACGCACACGUCAUCGCCCCCCACGCCGGACGCAGCGCUGUUCUUGGAUGCACUCGCAGCGCUGUUGCACCCAAACAUGGGGAGUCCCGAGUGGUUGUAUGAGGCGCUUGCUCGAGCUGGCGUGAUCGCCCAAACACUCGACCGACUGCCGUUGCUGCACGGGGCACCAUCAUCGCUCGCAUCAUGCCUCGGGAUCCUGUCGCACCUUCUGCUCGUCCUCAAGUCGACGCGCGAUCGGGCGUGGCUUGGUCGCAUUGCGCCGUUCUUGAAGGCGCCCACGAGGAUCGUGGCGGCGGCCGCGCUAAGCGUCUACUGGGUUCUACACCGGCAAGACCUUUCUCCCAAAGCAGUGCAGCGUUUGCUAUCCGUGUUGGACGCCGUCGAGACGCCGUCCGAGGCAUCGUAUGGACUCUACGCCAUGCUUCUGGCGCCGCCAACGCUGGCGAUCGAGGGCCUGUGGGGUACGCGUGGGUUCCUACUGCAUCUCGACGCAAUACCCAGGCCAGUCGACCGCGCCGAGGUGCGAGAGAGGGCCAAAUUUCUCUCGCGUCUUGCAGUGGUUGAUCCUGACGUUGUCGUUGCGCACCUGCCGUCGAUGGCGCACCUCUUGCAGAGUCUCUCGGUGCUUUGCUCCAAAGCGGCUGGCUAUGCGCUCCAAGCACUGCGUCCAUUGGCGUCAUCCUUGGACUUCGCAGAGAUCCUCACGGCGAUCCAACCGCAUCUCUGGUACGGUUUGACCAACGCGGAGAGUCUUUUGCAUCGGGGCGUCGACAGUUGUCGCAAGACCCAAGGCACCCUCGCGAUGCUCAACGUCGGCCAUGCCUUGGACCUUGCAGCUGCUUGUUUCGACACUCUUCCUUCUUGUCUGCGACACAAGCGCCGCAUCGAUGGAGCGGCCGCAUUGUUGCAGCUGCUACUGCGCCUUGCCCACCACGGUCCGUGGAACCGGCAAGCGCUGGCCAUGGACUUAGCAGCCCGCCUUUUUGAGCGCGUGCACUGCGAGAUGGCGUUUCUUGAUGGCACCCACCGCACGCUUGACGCCCUACUCGAGUGUCUGCACAUUCCGCGACUGCAAGCUCCAGGCUUGCACCUGCUCGCUGUCGCCACGACAAGUCCAUGGGUGCAAGCGGCGGUGCUUGCCUCCGAUGGCGUGCUGGACUGCCUCCUGGAUCGUCUUCGCCGCAACGAGCACCUCGCACCACUGGUGUGGCGAAUUUUGGUGCAUUUGGCAGCGUCCGGACGCCAGCCGCUGCCGCUGUUGUCGGUGCUCGUCGCGGCGCACGUUUGGAUAGACGUGCGGUCGUACGCGAUUGAGACACACCGGGACGUUGCAAGGACAAUGGCAUCGCUUGCAAAAGAGCCUCGGUGCAUCCCUGACAUUCUUCGCCUUCAGACCAUGCUCAGCGGUUUGCGCCGAGACUGCGACGUGGACAGUGCUUUGCUUGAAACGCAGCUUUGUAUCGUCGCGUCCGGCGGUGCGAGCCACGAGCUGUCGGCGCUCACGUCCGUAGUCAUGUGUCUCGACGCUAUCUUUGCAUACGACCACGGCGCUUGUGACGCUCUUGACAAGGGCCUCACAGCGGCGACCGUGGCCCUCACGCAGCUUGUCGCAAGCUUUUAUGCGUGUGCCACCGAGCACGACGACGUGCCACUCGUCGAAGCCAGCGGGUCCAAGCUGCGCCCACUUGUGUAUGUUGGCUGCAACGGAGCGCCGCUGUCGUCGCCGGGCAUCUACGUGCAGCUGUUUCGGCUCUGGGAUCUCGCGUGCAGCCAUCCCCACCGUGGUGUCGCCAGCGUUUCGUGGGGCGCCGUCCUGCGCAUGCUCUUGCGUAUCGCCCGCGCGUCGAUCAGCGGCUGCUUUCUCGUCGCCGAAGCGAGUACGCUGCAUUUUGUGUCGUCGCAUUUGGCCAAGUCGACGCUCGACCAGUGCGUUGACAUUUGCGACCUAUUGCAUGCGGUCGUUCGGGUGCGAGCGAUUGCCGUCCAGUUUGCCCGCGUCUCGUCGUCGUCGCCGUCUUUAGUCCACGUGCUUUUGGCCGCGGCCGCGCACAGCUUGCAUGGACCCCGGGGCACCGACCCCUUUGUGCCGACUUUGCCGCCCUUGCUCACAACCCUAGCCCUGCUCUGCGAACACCCGCCGUUUUUGCAAGCGCCUCUCUUGAACGACGAGAGCGCUUUGUCGUCCGCGAGUCUCUUUUCGCUGCUGCUCUACGGCGUCUACCAUAGCAUGCGUCGGCCGUGGGCGUACGCGACGCUGGCGGCCAAGCUCUUUGUGCGCUUCUGCACUGUGCACAGCCUCGACACGCUCAACGCAGAAAUGGCGCGCGCGACCAGUGACCUCCGCGGCCACGGCAUCACCAAGGUGCAUAUCGCGCAGACGCUACUGCACGCCAUGUACCUGACCAACUUUGAGUUUGAGAUGCACUUGCGCGUGCUGGUCCGCGUGGUGCACUCGGUGCUCGUGCGCAUGGCCGCGCUCGGUCGCAUCGACAAGGGCGUGCCCGGGCUGUUGCACGACCACGGUCUCACCAACAUUUUCCUUCUCUCAAAAGCAUACAGCGACCAAUACGAAACGCGCGACGACGACUGGGCGAUGCGGAGUCAGUGGGUCCAUGCGAUGAAGGAGGAGCACGUCAAGUACUGCGUCGACGGCUACGAGGCUCUCUACACCGCCUUGGAGAGCGCAAACCGCGACCCGCAGCUCAUUGUAGCCAUUGAGAGCACGCGCCAUGCGACCAUGUGCCUUCAGACCUUGCACUACGUGCUGCAGCUGCUGCACGAAGCGUGCGUGGCGAGCAGCCCGACCGCGGCGAGCGACGUCCAUCUCUUCUUUCAGCGCAUCGAGCACAUUGGCGAGUGGGUCAUUCUAUGCCUCGAAAGCCCCGACAUGGACGUUGGCUACUACACCAACCAGAUUGAAGCGCUCUGUCGCAGCGUGCGUCACCUCUUGAGCAGCCACAAGUCCCAUGCGUUUGAUCCGUCGAGUACGCCGACGACCGACAUGACGUAUCCCGUGAGCAUUGAGCUCCGCCACGUUCAUUUGCACUCGUGGGUGUGGGCGCUUCUCGGGUCCCGGCCCUAUGUUCGCCUUGGCGUCGGUAAGAAACAUGCUUACUACAGUUGCGUUUCGGGUCGAUUGCCGGCGACAUGCCCGCACCAGCAUUACCGGUGCGGCGACUACGACGUGACCGACGGCCGCCUCGUAGUCGACGCCGACGACGCGCUCCAGUCGCUCGAUAUCCAGCUAUGGAUGUACUUGCCGUGGAGUCCGGUGGAUAUUUGCAUCGGACGCGCCACCGCGGGGUUUCCAAUGCCGCCGACGGCGUCGAUCGAUUUUUACCCGGAACAACGGGACAAAAUGCGGUUCGACGUCGUCCAACCGUACGGUCACAUUGCAGUUGUCGUCGCGCCCACGACGUCCAUGGACGAGUUGAACUCGUCGGCGUUUCCAUACUCUACGUGUGGCUCCAAAUCGCUACGGCAGCGCCUCACACGGGGGUUUCUCUGGCUCGCAUCGUCGCUGCGCUCUCUCGGGCGCCGGUGGCUGUGGCCAGCGCAUUCGCAGGGCCGUGUCGUCGCCGUCGGGUCGGCCAAACACCGGGGCGCGGCCGACAUGUCGGACGCCGCGGCGCAGCUGCUACUGCACUGGACCGAUCUGCAACUCGUUUUGGAGCGCAUGACAUCGAAAGAAAAGCUCAUUGGCUCGUAUGAGAAACAGUACGCGAUCGACGAGUGCAAGCACGUGGCAGAGCUGCUUCUCGGGUCCGGCGCGGGCUCGUUUGAUGCGCUGCAGCCCCACAUGCUAGCGUCGCUGACAAACCCGACGCACCACGCCAUUUGGCACCGCACUUCGUAUGCGAUUCGUCGAGCGAUCGAGUUGCACAUGCCACGGGGUCUCACGUUUCUCAAGACGCACCUCCACGCCCACGUGUCUGCGAUCUCGGGUGCACGCCACGUACCUUUGCUCGAAGUGUGCAACGGGAUUCCUGGCCUCGAUGAUGAUGUGGCACCGCGACCGGUCGCGCCGGCGAUGCCAACCACCGUCAUGCGCACGGCCGGUCGAUUUCUCUUGCACGGCCUGUUGCGCGCUGCCGUGACCCCCACGACCGAGAGCGGCGCGUCGAUUCGCCGUCGUCACCUCCCCGGACGCAACUGCAUACUUCCGAUUCAGUCGAUCUUUGCUCAGCCCGAGGCGCUCGCCCACGCCGCACCACAGUACGAGCGCCAGUGCGCCGUGGCCCCCGAGACACUCAACCAUUUUUUACUGCAGCCGAUUGAGCGUUUGCAAACGCUGCUUGUCGUGUCCAAGCUUACCGAUGCCUGCUUUGGUCACGCCCACUUGGCCCGCGUAUCGAUCCCCGAGCCCGCCGCGGUGUCGCGCGAUUUACUGCAGUCGACCGCUCGACUCGCGACGGUCUUGCACCGGGCGUGGCGCCAGGCCCUCGCGUCGGCGCCGGGCUCGUCGCCGUCGCUUUCACUCGUGCCAACCGCCGUGACGCCCCACGCACGUAGCAGCACGUCGACGUUGCUCAAGCACAUGGCAACGCUCAAGCGCGGCCAGAUUCUGGCCCCCACGGGCACCACCCUAUACGAGAUCGAAGCCAAGCGCAAGUUGACGCUGGCUCUGUACCGCGACGUCGACCCAUUUGACGCGCACUCCAAGCUCAAGGCGCUCAACGCGCGGGCCAAAAAGAUGGCUUGGUUCCUGUACCGCGACGGAUGGGUGGCCGAUGUCAUACACGGGGUGGCGUGGACGAUCUUGGCGGUCACCGUGUGGCGUCUCGUGGCCACGCGGGACGCCCUUCGAGAGGCAUCGCGGACGUACCGCGGACUGCUCGCGCAGUCGUCAGGGUUGUUGCAGCGUCGGGGCGCGGUCGGCAAGACUCGCCGGCGGAAGAAAACCGCAGAAGCGAUCGAUGUGGCGUCCGGCGACGACUACCCGUCCGACUUGGCCGUGCUCCGCUCCGAGAAGGAGCUGCGCUACUUCCUCGUCGUCUCGGAGCUCCAAGGGAUAUUCUUGGACUUGCUUUUCAUCUGGCCGUCGGAGAAUGGCAAAAUCGGACUUGGCGAUUUCUGGUCGAGCCUCCUGUACACGGCGUUGGCACUGGGGCUGCCACUCCUUUUUUACUACGUGUUGACCCCGGUCAUCGCCGACGCAUCGCUGCUGUCGCUUUUGGCGUGCUGGCUUGGCGUUGGCUGGGUCCUUCUCACGCUUUCGUCAAUUGUCUCGGUGACGACGACCAUCCAAGGCUUCAAUGACACGCGGCGCGUCGACGCGAUCAACCUCACGGACUUUCCCGCGUGCCUCAAAAACUACCUCGCGAUCGUCAGCAUUCUCUGGGAGCUAGUCCAGCUCAACACGAUUCCGUGGCAAGUCUGGGACGCGUCGUACGUGGUGCAUCAGAUUGCAGCACUUGUGACCAUUGACAUCAACUUCAGCGGCUACUUUGUCGCGCAGUUUGAGUUCAACGCGUUUCUAAUCAAGCAGCGCUUUGCCGUGGCCUGUCUGGUGCUGUGGUUCUUCAGCCUCAAAGCUGCCAACAAGUUCAAGGGCAUGAACUGGCUCAACUAUGUCGUCACGUUCUUGCUGCCGAGUUUGCUCAGCAGCGUCCUUUUCAUGUUUCUCGUCGAACAGUACAUUUACGCGAUGGCCUGUUAUAAGCUGUCGACACCCGACACGACGACGUACGUGCUUUGGUCCAACCCCGCCAUUGUGUGCUGGACUCCGACCCACUGGCAAUAUGCAAUGGUCGGGAUGUUCGGUAUGGGUCUCUUCAUCCCGCUCGCGGUCCUCUCGCACGGCAGCCACCAGCUCGCGUUUCCGCAGCUCGACCUCGACAUUCAAACGUCGCCGCUCUUUGCGAUGGUUGGUCAGCUUGUCAAGGGCCUCAUGAUUGGCGCCAAGACCUUUUUUGCUACCAACGUGCGCUUCUACCUCGGGAUUUCUAUCCUCGGCGACCUCGUCCUGCUCGUGUCUCAUUAUCGCUUUCGCCGCGCGUGCUCGACUUGGCACGUUCGUGCCGCCAAGCUCGUCGUAUACGCGCUGAGUCUCUGGAGCGCCGUCUGCGCAAUGCUCUCGACAUAUCUCGACCGCGACACAGUGCCGCUUUUCAUCAUGUAUGCGGGCCACGCCGCGAUGCUCCUCGUACUGCUUGCUGUCGUGCGCUAUCGCAUUCAUUGGCUCUACGAUACGCCUUCUCUUUUCGACGACACCAAGACUACGGCAGGCUAGUGUCGAUGUUAAUUCGCCAGCUUAUGUCAUAUUCGAUGGGCUGUGUACA